UCUAUGCUGGGUAGGUAAGGACAAAUGUUAACACAAGGAGGAAGCAUAUAAGCUGCAGCAGCUGGGGCAUAGCAGACUCACAUUAAGGAGGCCCAGCAACAAAGAAAGCUGCCACAUCUGUUGAUGAGACAUACCUUGAGCUCUUUUGAGUGCAAAGUUGGUUUUCUCAUGGAGAUUUCAUCCAUUACAGGGUUACCUGAUCAGGAAAUGAUGGGGGAUCCUACAUUACUCCAUCAGUGGCACAGUGAUGAUUCUAGCUUGCUGCCAAUGGCUGCUGCUUUUGGAGAGACUUUGCAACAUCAUUCAUUCACUUAUCCAAACUUCAACCUCAUAACUCCCAUGAAUCAGUUUCAGUUGGGUUCAAAUCACAUGAGUCAGUUUCAGUUGGGGUUGCAAAAACUUAAGGAUGAGAUGGGUUGUCCAACAAUCAAUAUCACAACUCCUCUGGACAUGAUCUCUCAAGGAAACCUUGAGGAUCAAAACUAUGUCUUCAAGACCUGCCAGGAGGAUCACAAAAAGAUAUUGACACGUCCAAAACUUUCUCAACCUCAGGACCACAUUAUAGCUGAAAGAAAGCGGCGAGAGAAGCUCAGCCAGCAGUUCAUUGCUCUAUCUGCCCUUGUCCCUGGACUACAAAAGAUGGACAAAGCUUCUGUUCUUGGAGAUACUAUCAAGUACCUGAAGCAACUGCAGGAGAAAGUGAGGGCUCUUGAGGAGGAGCAGAACUUGAAGAAAAAUGUGCAGUCUGUGGUAAUUGUAAAGAAGUCUCAACUUUCCAAUGAUGUUGAAAACUAUUCUCUAGAAUCUGGUGGUUCCUUUGACAAGGAACUGCCUGAAAUUGAAGCAAGAUUUUGUGAGAGAAAUGUUCUCAUACGAGUUCACUGUGAGAAGAGCAAAGGAGUGGUAGAAAAAACAAUCCAUGAAAUUGAGAAACUCCACCUAAAAGUCAUCAAUAGCACUGCUUUGACAUUUGGGAGCUGUGCCCUUGAUAUAACAAUUAUUGCUCAGAUGGAUGUGGGAUUUUGCAUGACAGUCAAGGAUCUUGUGAGAAAACUACGUUCAGCUUUUACAUCUUUCAUGUGAGGAUGUUCUUUUAGUUCAUACUAAACUGUAGAAAGACCCCGAAAGCAUGAUAAAAAUAGGAGUUAAAAUCAACUCUUCAGCAAUUUAAAGUUUCAGUUCUUCUGUAAUGUUUCUGUUUACAAGGCCUGUGAUGUCAUCCAUCCAAGCUUGCUGUGUUUUUGCAUGGUAAACAUGUUGACCAUGUUAGUGCACUCAGCUAAAGCAGGAAAUCUGGCUUCACUGGUUCCAUAUCCAAUAAUCAUGUUGAAUCUACUACCUCUUUUGCUGGGUGGUUUCUAAACAGGCCCACCCUGCUUCAUUGGUAUGAUGAGGCUUUUUAUUUGUCUUCUUAUGUUGUGUGUCGGUCAAGUGUAAACUAAUCAUAAAAAUACAUGACACCAACUUUCUGUACUCAAUUUGUAAUCCUCAAUAAUUUAAGGAAGAAAGAAAGAUCUUGAAAUAUUUAUUCUA